AUGGGGAUUUUUUCCAAGAAGCGCCAUGGGGAAAUGUUGGCCACGGAUGAAGAAGGCCGCUGCUUCACGUGGCGGCUGGAAAAUUUCUCUAGCUUCAAGUUAGGCACCACAUUAGACGGUAUGAACGUUGUUGCCUUCACCAAGGCAAAGUUUCACCUCCACAUGACGAUUGACACAAAUGGUAACAUAGGGUUGUAUUUGCAUUACAAGGCAACCGGCAUUCCAAAGUACUCGUACUACUUUUCUAACAGCAAGGGUGAGAUAAUGCGGCGGCACACGGCCCACACAAUUCCCUACAACACGGAACGGUGUGGUCACUGGAACACAUGCUAUCGGCCUGACAUUCUUGAAUUUAUUGGCGAGGAUGAUGUGCUCUUUGUGAAUUUCUGCUUUGAUAACGACAGUCUGGCGCUGGUCCGUGUGUCGCCGAAGAAUCUGGUGGUGACGUGGACCGUGCCACAUCUAUUCAGGCAAGUGCUGAACCCGUACUCCUCGAACGGGUUCGUGCACGAAGGCGUUCUCAUCGGUUUGAGGCUUGAGAUCAAAAAGGAGGCCGGCGCCAACGACGCCUUUGCCCCAUACGACGUUCGGAAGAUCAAAGAUCUUGUUUUCUUCCUCUUCUCUCGCAAGAGGGAUGUCCCACCGCACAGUAUCGAGCUGCUCGACAGCAGAGGCAUGAGCAUCGCGAAGCUCGACAGGAAGGAGACACCCGGCGUACAGACGUUGACGGUGUCGAAGGAAGUUCUGUGGGACGCACUCGGGGAUGAUGGGGAGCUGCAGGUGCGGGUUGAAAUUAUCUGCAGAGGUAACCCGAUUGAUGCACUCAACGCACUCAGCGGGUCUCAGUUGCAACAGCAGCAGCAGCAGCAGCAGCAGCAGCAGAGUGAAUUGAGAGAGGGCGGUCAAGCGGGGCCGCCACGGACUGUACAGAUUGGCGACAAGAAGGAGGAGUACGUGGUGUUUCAUGGCGAUGAUUAA